AUGGGAAACGUAAUUGAGAAAUACGUAGUGAGCACGGGUUAUUUAGAAAUUCUUCGAACCUUUUCGAUAAGAAAAAGAAAACUUACUGAAAACGAAAAUCCUGAUGAAUUAGAAGAAUCAGUUCAUGUUGCUAAAAAGAGAAGGUUAAAGAAAAAAUUGUUAUCAACACCCCAAUAUAUUUAUCAAGUACUAUUUGUAGAUGGUACUGACAGUGAUAUCACUCUUAUAGCUUUAGGAAAAGAAUGGAAAUUACAUAAAGUUUACUUAUGUCAAAGUCCUUAUUUUGCCAGUAUGUUUUCUGGAUCAUGGAAAGAAGCCAAUGAAAAUAUUGUGCAUAUAAAAAUAAUUGAUCCAAAAAUCACAGUUGAUUCUUUAUAUACUAAUGCAUUAAGUUAUUAUAACGCUGCUCUUGAAUAUGGAGUUAUGUCAUUAAAAGAAGCAUCAUUUAAUUGGUUGUUGGCUAAUUUAUUGACGAGUAUUAGAAAUAUUCCAGAUAUUUUAUGCUCAAUCAGUGUGGACUUAAUGACAGCUUUAAUUAGCAGUCCAAAUCUUUUUGUCGUUCAAACAGAGUCUUCAAUCUAUUAUUUACUACAAUUUUGGUUGUACAUUAUAUUAAAUCCAAGUAAAAAAAACUCUGGUAACAGGCAGCAAAUUUUAAUUGAGAGUUCUGAAUAUUUUCAAAAGUUAUAUGAUGGCAAAGAAUUUUUGCUAACGGAAAAAGGAAAAGAAUUUUCCCCUCCUUUUAGAGCAUUAAGAAUACAACAUUUAAUUAAUCUUUUGGAUGAUAUGAAAAGGAUAAAAAAUGAUAAAAUAAUUCCAGAAGAAUGGUUGAAUGAAGCUACAAAUUCUGCUUGGCUUUCACUUUUAAAAUUUGACCAUGGAAUGAGCAGAGGAACAAGACGAUGUACAGAAGAAGAAAUGAAUAAAUUUAGUUUAAGAUGUGGGAGAAUUCUUCCAGAUGAUGGUGAACAUAUGUGGAGAUGGACAGGUUUUUACAGCGGUCUGGAUUUAGUUUGGACGAAAAUCAUAGAAAUAAUGAUGUUGGAUCUAUGCUAA